AUGGAGCGGCUGCACCAGCCGACGGCGCACGAGUUGCGCCAGCAGCGGGAGGAGGUGGAGCGGCGGGAGAAAGCGCGGAAAGAGAUGCUGGGGAGGCAGCGGAACGAGGAGCGGCGAAAACAGGAGCUGGUAACCCGCGCGGCGACGAUCAUCGCGACCGCGGGGAUGCCGGGCGCGCGGGAGUUCCGCGCGGAGCAGGAGCGGCGGGAGGAAGAACGGGGUGCGGAAGAACUUCGCGAGCAGGAGCAGCGGGAGGCGGAAGAGCAGCGGCAGAGGGAAGAGGAGGAGCGGCGCCAGCAGCUGAAAACCCGCGCGGCGACGAUCGUCGCUAAUGCGCCGUCGUGGGAAAAUCCGGAAAAUCCGGGCGUGAAUUCGAGGGAAUCGUCGCCGGUGCUGCUGCCGCGACGUCGCCCACUGACGCUACAGAUCGACGACGCGGUCGGCGAUAGUAACGCUGUAACGGUCGCUUCCCCCGCGACAGGCUCCGCCAAGCCUCCGCGGCAAGGCGCUGGGGGGGCGGAACGCAGCCCGCGAUCAGCGCCGCUGGCGGCGGCGGCGUUCACUUCCGGAUCGCAAUCAGCGAUGGUGGGAGCCAAGUCCCCCGGAUCGAUCUCCCGCGGCGCGACUCGCUCGUUCGUAGCACCCGCCGCGGCUCCCCCUCCCGUGGCAUUACUUCCGCCCAAGUCUCCCGCCGCGCCGACCGCGGGCAAAAGCGCAUCUUUUGCCAGGGAAGAGGCGAGUAGACCUGAGGCGAUCAAAUCCCCCAAAGGCGUGCUUUCUUCGUCGUUGGGAGGUCGUCACACGCGGAGCUUUCACGGGCAGCAACAAACUUUCCACGGGCAGCAGGGCGAGCCGCCCGGGCAGAGAAACGGGCAUGUGAAAAAAUCGAUGUCGUUUCAGGAUUUGGGGUGUUUACACCCGCCAGAAUUUCCCGGUAAGGCCGCGGAGCGCAGUAACACGACAGGUAGCAGUAGCACGACUCACGGCGGAAACACGACCACUACUAAUAGUAGUACUAGCAGCGGCUCCAGCCGUAUCCCAAGGGCCUCGCGCGGCGCGUCGGUAAUAGAAAGGUGGACUAGGAGAGGCGACUCGAUGGAUUUAACUAGCGAUCGCUUGGUAUCAGUUGAAGAAGACGAGUGGGGUCGCACGGGGAUGGAGAGGCGAAGCGAGAGGAGGAGAGGAGGCAGCGAGGGGUGCGGGCUCGCGUUGACGGAUGACUGGGCGGAGGGUCAUGAUGACGAUGUUCCUGUAGCGAGAACGCUUGUACCGUGUGCGGUUGUACCGAGUACGGUUGUAGCGAGCGGGUGGGCGCGCAAGAUAAGCGUUGCGGAUAUGCCUCUCGACUCUGCGUCGGAACUAGUUGUGUCCCCCCGCCUGCCGCACCAUGCUUCCGCCGAGCUCCCCCCCGCGGGCACGCCUCCGCCGAGCCUGGCGCUCUCGCCCCGCCUGGCGCUCUCGCCCCGCCUGAUCGAAUUGCAGAUUGAUCUGCACGAUAGCCCUCCCUCGCCCUCUCCUCCCUCCCCACCCCCUCUCUCCCAGUCUCCCCGCGCAUCUUCCCGCCACCCUUUCUCCCCUCACUGCUCCUCCCCUUACUCGCCCUUCCCUCGCUCCCCCUCCCAAGACGCUGGUAAAAUAUAUGCCGCAUCGCCCAUGCUUCCGGCCUUUCAGGGCGCGAGUAGAAAGAAGGACUCUCUACCCCCUCUUUCACCCACCCGCAUUCCCUCCCAUGCCUCGGCCGCCGGACCUGCCUCUAAGGCUCGGCACGCCUACCCCCGGAGCAAGAGCUCCGCCGAAGCAGAAGGUUUAGUGGAUGGUUCGGGGAGAAGGGUGGGGAGAGGCGGGCACAGGAGGGCUGUUUCCUGGGCAAUGCCGGGGGAAUUGAGGUUGGAAGGGAGGGAGGAUGGCGUGGUGAGUGAACUGUUUUCCAGACGAUCACCCGGUGCCACCACUGCUGGCGCUGCUACCGCUGCUGCUGGCACAGGCAAGGCGGAAGCAAAGGCCGAUGGGAGCGGCCGUUGCGAGCCAAUUCAAAACCCUUCUGCUGCUGCUCCUGCUGGUGCCGACUCAGCCGCAGCCACACGCGAGGAGGCCGCAGAAGCGGACGAACGAGCCCAGUGGGAGGAGGCAGAGCUUCAUAUCCGCUCACGGUUCUUCAAGGCCAGCCGCAACCGCCUCUUCAGCCUCGCAGCCAAGGGCCUCUCCUCCUUCUCCAAACUCCUUGCUGCUGCCGGUGCUGCCGCUGGCGCCGCUGCUGCUGGCAUGGGCGUGGGGGUUGUGGGGGUGAAUGUGCUGGGUGGGGAGUUUGGGGAGUUGGAGGAGCGGUAUGAGCUGGAGGGAGGGAAGGAGCUGGGUGCGGGGCAGUUUGGGGUGACACGGGUGGUGGUGUGUCGGAGCACUGGGAGGCGGCUUGCAUGCAAGACCAUCAACAAGGCUGCUUUCAAAGUACAUUCCAAAUCCGACAUCGAAAACGUGCGCAGGGAAGUCGAAAUCUUAAACCUCCUCAAAUCGCACCCCAACGUGAUCCACCUGGAGGAACCCAUCGAAACCCCCCACGCCAUCCACCUGGUGAUGGAGCUGUGCGCGGGCGGCGAACUAUUCGAUCGAAUCAAGGAGCGGCGGCGGUACAGCGAGAGGGAGGCGGCUUUGGUGAUGCGCGCGGUGCUGGGCGUGCUGCAGAGCUGCCACCAGCGCCACCACGUGGUGCACCGCGACAUCAAGCCCGAAAACAUCCUCCUCGCCCACCCCUCCUCCCACACCGACGUCCGAAUCAUCGACUUCGGAGUCGCCACGUUUCUCAAGCCUGGGGGGAAGAUGUUGAAAGAUGCCGUUGGGUCGCUGUUUUACAUUGCCCCGGAGGUGCUUUCCGGGUCGUAUGGGACGGCGGCGGAUGUGUGGUCGGCAGGCGUUGUCCUGUAUGUGCUGCUGGCCGGCGUGCCGCCGUUUUGGGCGGAGACGGAGGCGGGGAUGGCGAGGGCGAUAAAGGAGGCGGAGGUGGGGUUUCAGGGGUCCGCGUGGAGGGGUGUGACGGAGGAGGGGAAAGAUUUGAUUCUGCGGAUGCUGGAUCGGGACCAGAAGAGGAGGGUCUCGGCCCAGGAAGCUUUAGGUGGGUGA